AUGUCUUCUCACAGUGAUGUGUUACUAUCGAAAAUCGAUGCUCUAUUCGUCAUGGGCGUGAGUGGUUGUGGAAAAACCACAGUAGGCAAUCAUUUAGCUGAUUCUCUCGGAUGGCAUUACAUGGACGGAGACGAUUUCCACUCAGAAGCGAACGUAGCCAAAAUGAAAUCAGGAACCCCGCUCAACGACAUUGACAGAAUACCAUGGCUUACUGCGAUCAACACGUACUGUAGAUCGAAUAGAGCAGUGGUGAUUGGUUGUUCUGCCUUGAGAAGAUGUUACCGUGACUUGCUAAGGACUGGAGUUCGAUGUCGUUUUAUAUUCCUCAAAGUGGACAGGAAUCUUCUCGAGAAGCGCGUCAGGAACCGUAAGGGUCAUUACAUGCCACCUGAGUUACUUGACAGUCAACUGGCCACCUUGGAGGAUCCCACCGGAGAAGAAGACGUGGUCACCAUAGGAAUUAUCGAGGACCAAGACUCUGCAUCCCUGUGUGAUCACAUUAUACAGCGCUUACUUCGAAGCUUAUAG